AUGGCGUCAAAAGGAAAGGAAACAGCGACAAGUAAAGAUGCUACACCUACCAAUCCGCGGGGCAUCCCCUAUGCCCCGUUCGUGGAUAAGGUCGAGGACUAUGUCACCACCCGAGACGAUGUCGAGCCUACUCUGCGCAACUUUCAAGAAAUGAUAUCCUUGAGAUAUAGGAUUGGCGCUGACCGAGCAUGGCGGGGUAGGAAAUACCAAUUUAUGGAGAUGAACUUGCAGAAGCGAAUGGGCGGCCUCAAGGAAAAGAUUCCUGAUAUCCAAAAGACGCUCGACUCAGUCAAGUUUCUCAAGCUAAGAAAGGACGAUGAUGAGGCGAUAGAAACAACAUUCGAACUUAACGACACUCUAUACUCAAAGGCGAAGAUUCCUGCGACUGAGGAGGUUUAUAUCUGGUUAGGAGCCAACGUGAUGCUCUCAUACCCCAUAGACGAGGCAGAGACACUAUUGAGUUCCAAGCUCUCAACAGCAAAGACAAGCUUGUCAAACUGCGAAGAGGACCUCGAUUUCCUCCGCGAGCAGAUCACAACCAUGGAGGUCGCCGUGGCUAGAGUUUACAACUGGGAGGUGGUGCAGAAGCGAAAGGACAAGGCGGUUGAGGAGGAAGAGAAUAAGAAGGUCAAGUCACAAGGUGACUAA